AGACACUCGGAGACCUGUCCCCUGCAAAGUGCAGUUAUUAUGAGACAAGGCUGGCUCUAAUCAGUUCCUUAGCUUUUUUUUGCUGUCUCAGAUUUUUGGUUCUUCUUCGAGUUGAAUACCUAAUAUUAUUAGGGAUCCUCAGAAGGACUGUAAAACUUUUCAAGUAGUGACCUGGAAACACUUCGUUUGAUCCAAGGACUUUUUACCUUUAGCCUUCAGGAGGGGACGCUGAAAUUAUUCUAGCUCAAGGCAGCAUUAAAGAGGAAGGAACUGAGUUACAAAGCACAGAAUCCUACCCAAAAACUGGGAAAAAAACAAAACAAAAAAAACCCGCGUCUCCACACCUGAAGACUUAUGACCUGUUACUGCCAUUGAUUGCUUAAUGUCCAAUCAUCGCUAUGACGGAAAGCACAACUGAAGGUCGUUCAUCUACCACCACUACAACGGUUUUAGAUGGUAAGAAUGGAUCUGUCCACAAACCUCCACUGAAGAUGACAAAAUCAGUUUCGCAAGAGCUGAAGACAACAUUCAGAUCCCCAGCUGCAUGGAUCCUGGUGGUUGCCCUCAUUGUGACAUGGUCUGCAGUUGCCAUUGUAAUUUUCGAUCUAGUGGAUUACAAAACCUUUGCAGACACCUAUUCCCAGUACUGUGACGACCCCUGUUUACCACCUGGGUUUCACCAGCCUGCUGCUGGCAAUGCUUUGAAGCAAGCUGAAAGCCUCCUAGGAGGACCAAUAAGCAAGCUGAGGAAUGACCCAGUGAGAAUCAUACAUGAAGCUGUGGACGACACAUAUGACUGGAUGCAUGCUAUCUUCUCUACUGUGUCUGACUUCAUAUCGUUCGACGAUGAGAAAAAAGGACUUGCAGAGUCGCCAGUGAAAAAAAUAGGUGGGAUACAGCCAACGACAAGAAAAGUUGUUCAUAUAGACAGAGAAGAAAAACAUGACAAAGACAAACCAAUACCAAGAGUUAUCCAAAAAGACAGGCCAGUAAAAGAAGAAAAAACUUCAUCUAAACCCUUUUUAAAACUGUCCACUGUCCCUGUUGUGACCACAUCUGGAAGUGUCUAUUCCACAGAUUCACAAAUUCAAAGACCAAAGCCUGAAGUAAAGGAAAAAACUGAGAAAAAGGCCUCUGCCAAAGAGAUCCAGAAAAAGAAGGCUGAGAGGAAAGUAGAACCUAAAAAGAAAGCUCCUUCUAAAGCUUCUGAAAAAGAGAAUCCUGAUACAAAGAUAAAGACAGAAAAAAAGGUGCCAGCCGCAGCUUUGCAAAAAGAAACACCUAAGAAGGAAAAGGCUGAAAAGAAAUCCAUAACCAAAGAACCAAUAAAAGAAAAACCAGAAAAGAGGGAAAAAACCCAGAAGAAAGACCAAGCUAAAGUAAUUACCAAAGAGAAAACUGAACAGAUGGAGAAAGUAGAGAAAAAAGUCCCAACCAAAGUAAAAACAACAGCAGAAGAAAAGGAAAAAGCUGAAAAGAAAGUUCCAACCAAAGGAAAAUUUGAUUUGCCGUCAUCAAGAUCUGAUCGGGAUUUUCAAUCAAGACGGCUUCUUCAUGCCCAAAUGGAUGAGUACACUGAAAAGGUGGUUACAGAGAAGUCACCUUCCUUACUUGAGACCAUGAGAAUCAUGAUUAAGGAAGAAGUAAAUGCAGCAGUGGACUCAAAAAUUAUGACACAAUCCCCAGGUCCAUCCACGCCCCAUAGAUCUCUUGCUUCUGAUAUAGCAUUUGAUCUGGAUAAGGGGGAAUUAGUAUCCCAUCCAGACUCUUCUUCCUCUGAUGACGGUUCUGGAAAACCUUGGUUUCUCCCUGAAGUGGCAGAAGGGUUUCUAAAAACCAUAAGAGCCACUAUGAAUAUAGAAGAAGUGAAGGAGACCCACUCCAUCCAGGAUCAGAUGUUCCAGGGGUUGGGAUUGUUUCAUGACAACUAUGGACCUUCAAGACGUGUACUAUCAUGUCCCAAUAUACCAGAGCCAUCAGAAAUAUCUAAGAAUCGCUGUCUUCAUAGGGGAUCAGUUACACCAUUUUCAAUUCAGAGCCCUCCCAUUCGGACUCUCCUCAGCCCCAAGAGUAUUUUCAAAAAUUAUGUUAGAAGUCACAAAGUACCUUCACUUACAGGAGAUUCAAAUAGUUCCAUACUUGGACGACUUCCUGAUUGCUUCACCGUCGGGGGAAGUACUACGAUCCCACUUUUUCCAAGUCCAAAGAUGUUCACCACUUUGGGAUGGGUGAUAAAUUAA